CUCACCUCCGCCCGUGCCGCCACGUCAGCCGUCGUCGGGGCCCGCGAAAUCUCCUCGACGGCUGCCUCCUCUUCCUCCGCCUCCCCAUCCUUUCCUCGUGUCCAGUCCACCGCCUCCGCCGCCUCCUCCACCACCACCAUCUCUUGCCGCGCAGAAUCCUACCCCUACCGCUGCCCCGCCCCGCCCCCGGCGAGCCAUGGUCAGCUUCGGCGUCGACACCCGCCCGGCCGCCGCCGCUGGAGGCGGAGGCGGCGGCGCGGGUGCGGCAGGGGAGGGCGCGCUCUCGUUCCUCUCCCGCGGCCUGCGGGAGGACCUCCGCCUCAUCCGCGCGCGCGCCGGGAAGCUCGAGACCUUCCUCAGCGCGCCGGUCCCGGAGCCCGAGCUCUUCGCGCGCCUCCGCCGCGCCUACACCUCCUCCACGUCCUCGGCGCGGACGCGGCUGGACCUGUCCGCGGUCGGGAAGGCGUUCGAGGCCGAGUCAUGGAGGGGCACCAAGGCGAACAGCUGGAGGUGGGAGGAGGAGACCGAGGAAUGGGAGCCCGUGCGGAUGGUCAAGGCGCGGCUCAGGGAGCUCGAGCGGAGGAGGCAGGGACAGUCGGCCAACGACAUGCUCCAGAAGGUCAAGCUCAGCUUGAAAUUGAUGAGCUUUGCACCUGAAGUAUCCGAGGAAGUUCCACCACUGGAUUUAGGAGAACUUUUUGCUUAUUUUCUAAAGCAAUCUGGACCAUUGUUCGACCAACUUGGUAUAAAAAGAGGUAUGUGCGACAAGUUGGUGGAGUCUCUAUGCAGCAAACGCAAGGACCACCAUGUAUAUAAUUUUCUGUCAACAAGUGAAGCGUCUUCAUUCAGAAAUGACAAUGUUGGGGAUGAACUCGACCAAAGAAUAGCAAGUGUCCUACAAAGUACAGGACACCAUUAUGAAGGUGGACUUUGGAAUGAUGGGCCAAAGUGUGACAUAACUGACAAGAGACAUGUUGCUAUAGUCACUACUGCCAGUCUUCCCUGGAUGACUGGAACAGCUGUGAAUCCUUUGUUUCGGGCUGCAUACUUGGCUAAAUCUUCCAAGCAAGAUGUAACCUUGGUAGUGCCCUGGCUUUGCAAGUCGGAUCAAGAACUCGUCUAUCCCAAUAGCAUGACUUUUAAUUCUCCACGAGAGCAAGAGACUUAUAUGAGGAAUUGGCUGGAAGAAAGAGUUGGUUUCAAGACGGACUUCAAAAUAUCGUUUUACCCUGGAAAGUUUCAGAAAGAAAGGAGAAGUAUAAUUCCUGCCGGGGACACUUCACAAUUUAUACCGUCAAAGGAAGCAGACAUUGCAAUCUUGGAAGAGCCUGAGCACCUCAACUGGUACCAUCAUGGGAAACGUUGGACAGAUAAAUUUAAUCAUGUUGUUGGUGUUGUACACACAAAUUAUUUGGAAUACAUCAAGAGGGAGAAGAAUGGUGCUAUUCAGGCAUUUUUUGUUAAGCAUAUCAACAACAUAGUUGCCAGAGCUUAUUGCAAUAAGAUUUUGCGACUAUCGGGUGCUACUCAAGAUCUGCCUAAGUCAAUGAUAUGUAAUGUGCAUGGUGUCAAUCCCAAGUUUCUGGAGGUUGGAGAGAGAAUAGCAGCGGAGAGGGAGUCUGGUCAGCAAUCCUUCUCAAAAGGAGCUUAUUUUCUGGGGAAGAUGGUCUGGGCCAAGGGUUACAGAGAACUGAUAGAUUUGUUUGCGACGCACAAGAGUGAUUUGGAAGACUUCAAGUUGGACAUCUAUGGAAAUGGUGAAGAUUCACACGAAGUGCAAUCGGCCGCCAAGAAGUUGAAUCUGAACCUUAACUUUCAUAAAGGCCGGGACCAUGCAGAUGAUUCUCUUCAUGGAUACAAGGUUUUCAUUAACCCAAGCAUUAGUGACGUCCUCUGCACUGCGACCGCUGAGGCGCUAGCAAUGGGCAAGUUUGUCGUCUGCGCAGACCACCCGUCCAACGACUUCUUCAGGACAUUCCCAAACUGCCUGACCUACAAAACCUCGGAGGACUUCGUCGCCAAAGUGAAGGAAGCCAUGACCCGCGAUCCGCAGCCCCUCACCCCGGAGCAACGAUACGACCUAUCAUGGGAGGCCGCCACCCAGCGAUUCAUGGAGCACUCCGAGCUGGACAGGGUCUUGAACAAUAGCAGCAGCAGCAGCGAGUGCACCAGCACCACCGAACGCGCCAAAAGCACAGACAGAAAGAUGAGGAAAUCAGCCUCGGUGCCGAACAUGUCAGACGUCGUAGACGGCAGCCUGGCGUUCGCCCACUACUGCCUCACGGGCAACGAGCUUUUCAGGCUGUCGACCGGAGCCAUUCCCGGGACGCUCAAUUACAACAAGCAGCAUAGUUUGGACCUUCACCUCCUUCCUCCCCAGGCACAGAACCCUAUAUACGGCUGGUAAAGUAUACUGCCACUGUCGAUUAGUAGUACAUAGCUAUAGCCCGGCAGUUUGUAACACUAGCUUUUCCCCACUGAUGCCAAAGGCAAGCCUUGUUCAUUAUUACAAACUACUCUACUUGUAGUGAAAUUAGAUGAAAAAGAGGGCCGUUUUUUGAA